CCCAGCAGCUCAGAUUGACGCAAAACAUUUCUGGAGUUGCUUAAAAAUUUUUUUUCCUCAAAGCCGAUGGGUGGAUCUGGCUCACUUCCUUUCCUGCAAAUGCUUCAAGCAUCAAGGAGAUGAAGGACCGGCUGGAGGAACUGAGGAGACGCAUGGACGAGAACGAGGACUCUCUGGAUCUGGAGGAGAUCUUCUCCUUUGAUAACCCUGCUUUCCAAGAAGACGAGAGCAGUCCCAUGAGUAAGGUCCUCCAAGAAAUAACCAGCCUCUCCUGGGCUCUGGAUAAGUUGGAGCAAUCCUCUGAGAACAUCGCCAAGAAACAGGAACAGGUGCUUUGCUGCACCACCGAAGUGAGCAUUGGGGAGGAGAAAAAAGAGCUGAGUGCCAUGAAGGACACUUUCACUAGAGAAGCGAAGGUUCUCCAGCCAAGGCUCAGUGACAUCCAGGAGACCAUGGCCAAGGAUGGGGUUAAGAGCCUGGCCAUCAGCCGCAUUCGCUGUUGCCAGUUCUCCGUGCUGGUUAACCGCUACCGUGAGAUCAUCAGUCACCAUUAUGCCAAGGAAACCCACUAUGUGGAGAAGCUGAAGGAGCAGAUCCAGAGACAGACAGAACUGGCAGGCUUGCAUCUCCAAGAGGAGGACAUCAAGCAACUGGUGGAGAGUCCUACAAUGCCGCGCAUUGUUGGCCAGGACUUGGAAGUGCUCAAAGCCAAGCAGCACCUCGCCAUGGCCCAGGUGCGGCACCAGCAGCUCCUUGACUUGGAGGCCCAGAUCGGUGAGCUUCAUUCUCUCUUCUUGCACUUGGAGAUCCUGGUUUUGGAACAACAAGAAGUCCUCAACAGUAUUGAGUACAACAUGCUGCACACCACGGAUUACAUUUCACAGUCCAAUGAGGAGGUCAAGAGAGCUAUCAAAUAUGAGCGCCAUUCCCGGUUGUCCACCCUCUUGUCAGCGCUCCUAGGCCUUUGUGCCUGCUGCACAUGCCUAUCGUGCAUGGCAACUCCAAGUGUGUUGCGCUGAAUAAAAGAAAAUGGGACAGAGCUGUUUCUUUCAAGGAGAAAGAGAAACACCCCUUAAUGACCAAGAACAUCAUGAAGCAUUGGAUGUACAUCAGAGAAGAAGUCAGUGGGGAUAAAGGAGGCUGAUGGGUGCUCCCAAAAAGGCAGUUCGGGCUUGAGUCGAGUGGAAUAUUUUACUUUAUUUCUGCAAAGCAGAGGAAGGAACUUAUUGAAAUAGGACAUGGGUUCAGCAGAGCUCAGCUCCAUUUUUGUUUCUAGCAGCAUAUGACUACUUCUGGACUACUGGCAUGCAAGCUGUCCCAUGCUCUAGGUUUUAACUACUAGGACUCAACUGCCUUCUACAACAAAAGAUUCUGUUUUGCUACACCUGGUGAACUUUGGAGAACAGAUCGGUUCUUCUCGUCUUGGGGAUUGUGGUCCAUCACUAGGUCAUUAGGGCAAUGGAAAAGCCAUCGUCUCAUCCGUUCCUGGACCUUUUCCUUGAGCUGCAAGUGAGAAGCCCAGAUUUACAAUGAAGGACCUUUGACAUUCCUGGAGAGGUGACAAUCACCCCAACCAUGAUAGAAAAGUGCCUCUGCAUGAGCUCAGAAACACUCUCCGAUCUUUGAUGCUUUUUGUGUGUUUCAAAAAUAAGACCUUGUUUUUCAAAACAGGAUCAGGAUUGAAGCAAGCUGCUUCGGGAGGUGCAAUUCAGGCAAAACGCAGCUCUAAAGGCUUCAGCCAGAUUUUACAAGUGCUGGUUUUAGCAGAUGUUAAAGGACACCCAAGAAGUAAGAAAAUACCUGGAGCAGCAGAACAGGUUCUGUGGCAACAGUGCUUAUUUCUGACUUCCCUGAAAUGCUAAAGUUUGAAUACGCACACGUCUUUGUAAAAUAUAUUAAAGUCAAACAAUAGAUUUGCAAUCCUGGAUCCCCUUUCUCCUUGUUUACCCCACCCCCACUGUACUGCUUUUGCCUGAAAGAUUUCCUAGUAUUCUUGCAAUUUAUCUCCUACUGAUUUCAUCUACACUUGUGUGAAGAAAACGAGUAAUUCUUUUUUUUUUUUUUUCUUAGCUGGAAAAAUGAGAUCACUGUGUCAUAUUGUACACAAUAAUGAAUGAGUUCGCUGGUUUUAGUUCCUGGAUGUUGCAAUGCAGGGUUUUAUGCCUUGCUUACUGUACAUUUCACCCAAAUAAUUUACAAUUGCGUUAUCUCACACAGUUGGCAUAAGGGGGAGGGUGAAUUAAGGGUGCCAAGGGUUACAAGAAAGUUAAAAGGUGUUAUCACAGCUUCUUGGCUAUCAUGCAGAAAGGAAAUCAGUUUCCACACUGUUUUGACUUUCUUUUUUAGAAGGUGCUUCUUUGAAAAGCAGAGAGGGGAGAGGAACUGUUUCGGUUUAGAACUGAGGUUCCUAAGGUGGGAAUCUAUUGUGCAAAAAGGGGAAAAAAAUUGUAACUGUUUGUUUGUCUAGAAUUUAAUUUGGGAUUGCUGCUACCAAACUUGUGUGAAACAAAAGUCUGGAUUUAAUUAUUUAUUUAAUUUUUGAGAUAUUAUUCAAGACUGGGGAAAGAGUUCAUUGGGUCGACCCUGCACAAACAAUGCUGAAUUAUAGAACUACACAGAUCUGUUUAUGCCUAGUUUUAAUUUAAACUUUUCAGGUUUCAAGUGAUUAUCACCAAUUUUUCUCUAGUUCCUUGGGAUCCAACUAUAAAUGGAAAUAUCCAGCAGUCCAGAAUGUUGAGAUCUCAACUUUCAAAGAUGCUGAGGGAGAAGGAAACUGGCUAUUCUCAUGCUAGAUGAUGAGGAUACAAUCCCAUUAAAAUUUGUUUUCUACACUUUCCUCUAGCUCUGCAUUAUUUGGGAGAAAAUCCAAAAAGCAUCAUUUGGGAGAACUUCCUACCUGUAGGUUCUUUUCAGAAAUACAUGUAUGGGCCUUUCUGUUCAGAUUUCCCUCUGACAUUUUGUAUCAGCAAACUGCAGGGCAAAACAUCACAGAAUGUUGACUGAUCAUUCAAUUCCAUGGCAGCCCCAAAGGGUGGAAUUUGUCCCAAGUUUGCAUUUAAAGAAAAGUCAAGCCAGUUUCAGUGGCGGAGCUGUUGCCUGAUCAUCCCUGCCUUGCAGGAAAAGUUUAACCUUUCCCGUUUCUAACCUAUUUCUACAAACUUGUCUGUUUCAGAUCAGGGCAGGCAAAACAACAACUCCCCUCUAUUAAGAAUCCUUGCUGCCUUUUUUUCAUACAGUUUUUAAUAAGAUGCAUAAUAAUAUCCCAAAGAGAUGCCUUUUAUCUGCCUCGCAAUUUGCUUUCUUCCCUUUGUGUUUUUACCUCAUUCUCAGGAAACUUGAAAAUUCAUUUUUAUUUGUUUUGGUGCAGCUGUGAUGGCACAGUGGUUAGAAUGCAGUGCUGUAGGCUAAUUCUGCUGACUGCCGGCUGCC